GUCAGAGGGAGUGGCGCAGCCGGACGGGUCUGGGCGCAGCAGGAAAAAAAAACUCACUAUUCGACUGCGGAAGUUCGACUUUGUUCGCAAAGAAGAUCUCCGAGGCCGUCGUCCUUGUUUGUGGUGCCAGUGAGCAAGAAUGGGGAGUGAUUCACACCACAGACAGCCCGAGAUGAGAGGACCGCUGAAUGGUGACUUAAAAGUUCUCCUGCUCAUUAUGAAAGGUUAGCAGGACACCUGGGGAGUUGGUCUAAGUUUCACCAGUGCAAUGGAAAAACAGGAAAAGAGUACCAGAAUUGGGUAUCAAACAUGGUUUCCCAAUGUAAUCGCCUUAGCUUGCCCUUAAUGAGUCCAGCCGGUGCCACACUGACAAUCGGGGGUGUGGAGGACACCAUUUACAGAGACAAACCAGGUGAGGUGAAUGGAUGGGGGAAGUUCUACCUCGAGGACGAGGUGAACAUGCAAGUCAUCGGUGUCGUGGAGGGCACCUAUUGCCCGUACGACCUGGUUCUGAUGACAUGUGAGGACAAGAAGAUCUACGCUUACGAUGGAGAGGAGCUGCACCUGGUGGCACCUGGUCUGAAACAGCUGCGUGACGAGGGAAUUGAGUAUCCAGCAUCCAAGAGCUACUACAACGGAGAGGCCUUCAAAAAUAUGACAGAGGAGGACUGGGACAAAGUGAGAAAAGGUCCUGUGGGAAGGAGGUUGGACGAGGAGCAUCGGAAAGUUGUGACAGCAAAUAAAUCCCGAUUCAUACAGAGUCUCAAGAACAGCAGAAUGAAGAGACGCAUGAGGCUUAUUGAGGCUUCAUGAAGAUGGGAAUUGUUUAAUCAUCAUCUGGGAUGUUACUUGUGAUUUUAUGCACACAGUGUUUUGUUGUGGGUACUGAACUGAACAGUCCAACAUCUGUGGCUGAGCGACAGACACCCGCUGCGUCCACCGUACAGCAUCAUCUGCAGGAAAAGGAUCAGCUUCAGUGAGAGGAGGCUCAUUGUCCUGCUCCGCUGACAGACUUGAAAUCUUGCUGAGCUUUUAUGUGUUGUUUUUUUUUUUUUUCAAAAUGUCUCAUCACAGGAUUGCAAGCAGCCCAUGAUAGCAUAAAGUCUCUUAUUAAGUCAUUAAGUCUUUUUAUUCUAAAUUUUCCCCUUGUAGGACUACUAAAGGCCCAAAUAAUUAAUCAAUUCAUCAAUUAAAUAAUUCAUUCAUUCAUUCAUUCAUUAUGUCAUGUCAGUCAAAAUGAACUCUACUUGUGACUGCUGAAUAGCCAUUCUCUAUAAGAUUAACAGUCGUCAUUUCAAGUCCUGUCCAGCAGAGUCCUGCAGAACGUGGAUCUGCCACUCGAGAAGAUGCUCUUCACACUGCGCUACAACAGAUGACAUUCGCUGUGAAGUGGAUGAAAA